AUGGCAAUCAAUUAUAACUGCUGCGACAGCUCUACAGUUGAUAUGAAAAGAAGAGCAAACGGAGAGAAUGUCGACCCAAAUGGCCCCUUUCGAAUCGACAUGCACACGCAUAUCAUGCCUCCCUCUCUACCGGAUUUCUCCAAGUCCCAUGGAAACCCCGAAGAGAAUGGCGAAGACUGGAUGACACUCAGAACGCAUUCGUCAACAUCCGAGUCCAAAAAUGGUCACGUCAACCGUUCAUCCUCCCAGAAAGUUGACAUGUUUCUUGGUGAUACAUUCUUCCGAACUGUUGACCCGAACUGUUUUGAUCCUGAGGUACGCAUGGCAGAGAUGGAUGAAACGGGGGUGGACGUUCAAGUUAUCAAUACAGUCCCGAUUCUCUUCUCAUAUGAUAAGCCAAUUGAGGCCGCCGUGGCUUUGGCGCGUUAUUUGAACGAUCAUAUUGCAAGCGUUUGUCGUGGCCAACCUAGUCGAUUUGUAGGGUUGUCAACGGUGCCCUUGCAGGACAUUCCUGCUGCGAUCGAUGAAUUGAGACGCGCGAAAACAGUUCUUGGGGUAAAGGGAGUUGAGAUUGGUACAGAGAUCAAUGGCCGAUCUUUGGACGAUGCGGUCUUUGACCCAUUCUGGUCAGUGUGUGAGGACUUGGUCGUUCCUAUAUUUGUCCAUCCUCUGGGAUAUGAAUACGAAAGAGAGAACAAGAGUCGCUGGGGGAAGUACUGGUCUGCGUGGUUGAUUGGAAUGCCAAGCGAGACAGCCCUUGCGAUCCACGCGAUCCUUUCUUCUGGAAUCUUGGUGCGACAUCCCAAAUUGCGAUUUUGCUUUGCUCAUGCCGGUGGAGCAUACCUCCCACUUCUUGGACGAAUUCAACAUGGCUAUAAUUGUCGACCCGACCUGGUGGCCCAUAGUUCUCAUGGAUUAUCUCCAGAGAGCUACCUACAGUCACAUCAAAAUAACAUUUGGAUUGAUAGCCUGGUGCAUGAUCCGGAUCUACUGCAAUUUAUUUGCAAGAAAAUUGGAUCCGAUCGGAUUAUCAUGGGCAGUGAUUAUCCUUUCCCAUUAGGAGAGAUGCCAGUGCCAGGUAAAAUGUUAGCAGAUGAUAAGCAAGUGAGGGAGCUUUUUUCACAAGAUGCGAGAGCAAGAAUGCUUUCUGGGAAUGCGAUUGAAUUUCUAGGACUGCAGAAAAUGUUCAAAAUGGAUUGA